AUUUAUAAGUGAAAUAAACAUAAAUUAAUUAUUAAAUCGAAAAUGACGAUCGACAUGGUGUGUAAUUUUCGAAAAUGUCGAAAAUCAUUAACAAAUCAAGCUUGGGUAACAACGUGUUCGCAUGCAUUUUGUAUUGAGCAUGGAAAAAGCGAAUUCAAGAGAAAUAUUGAAAAUUCCUUGACUUGUCCGGCUUGCGGCAAUGAGUUGCGGGACAAAUUUGAUGUCAUACAAGCGGAUUUACGUCCAUCGGAGACUUUUAAGUCAAUCGUCUUGGCAGGUAUGCGACCAGAUACUAUCAUGGAUAUAGCUAUGAGAGCAAUGUCAUUUUGGUCAUAUCAAGUUGAACAAGAAACCCUCUACCAUGAAAGCAUGGCAAAGCAUAUGCGAGAAAAACUCAAAUGCUUGGAAGAAAUCAAUACGCUAAAUGCGCAAAAAUUAAAGGCCGAAUUGGAAACAUGCAAACGCAAGAUUUCAUCGUUACAAGCAGAAUUUCAUAAGAAGAACAAACAGGCGGAGGAGCUGAAAGCUAAUUUAGAGGACAAAAGCCGUAAAAUUCAGAAAUUAACUUAUCAAUUGGAUGCCAAGAAGCGCAAAGACAUACGGGUUGAUAAUUUUGAAAGUAGUAACAAUCAUGAGCAAUGCAUGGAUAUUUCAGAUUUAGUGGUGAACAGAGCGGGGUCGACGUCGGAUGCGUUCGUGUUUCGGCCGGCGAAGGACUCUGACGAUUCGCGUCGCAUAUGCACUCCAAAGACGCCCAUGUUUGACUUUCGUCACCGCGAACGCAAUAAACCUCAAUCGCAUUUUACUUUCAGACCAUUACCUCCAUAA